AUGGCUGAGAACAAUAGGGAUAUGCGCCGUCUGGAGCGCCUGGUCCAGUGCCGCUUCUGCCAGAUUCGCUUCACCCCCGACGGCGCUUCUCGCCCAUUCAUCGUCAACGGACGCCCGAUAUGCCAGACGUGCAUGAACCGACGCAACGAGAGGGUGCUACCACCACCGCCAGCUCAACAUCAGGUCCCGCCACGUCCGGAUCGCUUCGGCGUUUGGCCGGGCGCCCAGGAAAUGCUCGAACGCCUGCAGGACGUCGAUAACGACCUGGCGCGCCUCGACGACUUCUUUGGACCGCAUGCCGGCGCGCACCAAAACGCCAAUGCACAGCCGCGCAACGUGCCCUUUUACGCGUUGAUUGCGGUGCUUGAACUGCUCGGCAAGGACGGCAAAGACUGGGCCUUCUUCAGCCGCCCACAAUUCGAGGAACGCGUGCGCAACAACACCAACCCGCUCGAGUGCCCGCUUUGUAUGAUCCAAUUCACCAUCCCGGCGCGUACCGUCGUACUGGAGUGUGGCCACGCUGUCUGCAUGACGUGCUGCCCAAGGAUGUCUCACUGCGUCACGUGCAACGAAGAGGUCCGCCGUCGAACCCCUGCCGCGCCGUACCGUUACAUGCCGUUUCCGCAUCCUCGUUAUGGCCCCGUCGGCGGUCGCUACCAUCGCCCGCAGAUGCUCAUCCAGCCGCUGACCGGACGUGCCGCUUGGGACGAGCUGAACGGCUUCGGGGCUGGCAUGGGCUUCGGCGGCGCCGGGGAGCCGUACAGACUACCACCACCAGCUGCGGCGCAGCCGGCAAACGCCGCCGGCGCUGCACAACAGCCCGCGCCCGGCGGAAACCCGUACGAUGAGCUGAACAAGCGCGUCCAGCCGCAACGUAUCCAGCAACACUAUCAGGAGCUCAUCGGUAUCCUGCUCGAACUCCGUGGGGCACGCGUCCCUGCACCGGCUGCUGCUGCUGAACCCGUCGCCACCCGGAACGUGUCGAUCAAGACCGAGCCCAUCGACGAGGAAGAGGCGCAGGCGAAGCCCGUGGCCUCGGGCUCGGGCUCACGCCGUCGCCGUGGCAUUUAUGCCUUCGGCACGAAACGUCGCCGAACCGAGAAUCUGCCGCAACCCGGCUCGAGCCGCCAGCCGACCGCCACCGUGGCCCCGAUCAACCCCGUGCAGGCGGCACCGCCGCCGAAGAAGCCGAAGCAGGUCGAGGUGGUCGACAUCAACGACGACGAGGACGACGUGCCGAUGCCGGUUGGGGAUGAUAUCAUAGUCCAGGACGCCGAAGACGUGCUAGAGAUUCUGGUGGACGUGAUUCAGUGUGGAGAAUGCCCGCGAAAGUGCGAUCCAAGUGACGUGUACGUGUGCGUGACGUGCGGCGAGCUCGACCUGUGCAGCCUGUGCAUGUUCCGAAAGCACCAGAAGCUCCAGCACAUGCUCCACGAGUACAACCAGGUCAAGCUGAUGCGCGACAUUGACAGCGCGCGCGAGCGCACCAAGACCCAGUACAACACCUACAACGACCUGAUGCCGGCCAUGAUGCGCACCGUGCAGCAGAGCCUCGGCAAGCUGGAAGAUUCAUUCGACUGGACGCUGGCCUGCGUCAACCAGUCCAAGACGCACGAGGAGGCCAUGGAGCUGCUGCAGUUUUCACGCCGUCUCGGCAACGACCUCGAGAAGUACAGCGAGGAAUUCAUGCCGCAGGCCCGUCGCUAUGUGGCCCGGAUCAAUGAACUUCUCGCCCGCACCUCCACCAAGUACCCAAAGCCGGCCGAAGACGAGGAGGGCCCCGCCGAGGAGACGGCCGAGGUGAUGAACAGCGGCGACGACCUCGAGGAGAUCGACCCGCCGGGCCCGUCGGGCGUCACGGCCACGUGCAAGCUGCUGCCGCCGCUCGUCGAC